GGCAACCAUUCAACUGUCUUCGCAUGUUGUGCUGGGAAGAUAAUGGAGUGAAAUAAUUUCGGGUUGUACCUUAAGCAGAUCAAUAAAAGUCGGGUAAUUCAAACGAAUCACGCGAUAUGACUGGAACUAAGGAGAAAAAAGCAAACCCUGCAAAAAAUGGAAAAACGACAAAAGUAAAGGAAGAAAAGAAACCUGAAUCUGAGGUUGAAACUGAAGUUAAAGCUAAAGUAAAGGCUUUGGGGGCUGAGGAUGAUGCAAGUUCUAGUGGAAGUUCUGGUCCUGAUACUGAAUCUUCAGAAAGUGGCCCAAAAGUAGAAGCUGAAGAAGGAGCAGGCCAGAUUGGUAAUGUAGCUGCCUCAACUAUCCAUGUGGAUAGAGACGAGUACUUAGCUGCUCAUAGAGAGCUCACAUUGGAACGUAACCAGCAACAAGUGCUCAACAAUAUUCUACAUAGACGGCUUGCUGAGUACUAUAAGAAACGUAAAUGUGAGCACGUGUUAAAACCUUUGGAAGGCGCUGUGGAUAUGGAAGAGAAGUACCAACAGAAAUUGUAUGCUUAUCAAGAACUGCAGGAGAAAGCAGAGAGGGAAAUUGCUGAUAUAAAAAUGAAAGUGUCAGAAGUAGAACAAAAAUACCAGGAAAGACUGGAACAUGCCAACACAAAAUUCGACGGAUUGCAACAAUUGGAGAGAUCCACUGGUUCAGGACUUAUUUACUCCAGAAAGGGAAAGCCUAUUGCAGAUAAGACUGUGGAAAGAUUUCUUACUCUUCAAAGACGUAAAAGUGAACAGUCUUCAGCGUUGUGCCUCCGAUACAUACGAGCUAGGAAUGCUGUUGCAGAACUGGAAGCUGUCGUUAAAAACCUGGAAACCUUAGGACCUGGGCUUUACGUGUAUCAAUAUGAGCAACUCAAUAUUGACAACCAAAACUAUAACACUAAGAUCGAAGAACGAGAAGACGAGCUCAUAAAAAACCGCGCGAAAUGCACAGAGCAUAACCAAAUCUUGGCUCACAUUAGAGAAAAGAUGCAUCACACUGAUGAGGUCAUUGACUUCGCAGAGUGUGAUCUUGGUGACGCCGAAAUGGAAUUUUAUAGGGCUAGAGAAGAUCUUGGCAUGAUCAAGAGUCAUCGAAACAAACUACGCUGGUCGCUAGAAGAAGAGAGACUGAAAGCAGGUUUGCUGACAAGAAAAGAUUUACUGCGCGACUUCCAAGCUUCGAUGGAUGAGGUGGUACAACUGGGCCUGAAGAAGAAAAGUCUCGAGGCACAAGUGAAUAAAGCUUCAGAGGAGUUGAGGAACGCGCGCAAGAGUGUACAAUUCCAAGCUAUACGCCAUCACGGGCCGGCCGCACAACAUGACGAUGGUGACGAUGUUUCACAUAUAUAGAUCCUUUACGCUGCCCACUCACGUCCAGACUUUUUGUAGGAUAGAAAAUCGGGCCGAUAUUUUGUGGGACUGUGUGACUAGGAUUUUCUGACCGACUAUUUGUAGUUCGUGUGCGUUGCGCUAUUGCUUUCGAUGUGUUCUAUUUUUCUCCUACAAAAAAUCGGUCUCCGAUUAUCGGACAGGGGUGAACGGGGAAUUAACCAAAUUGAAUGAUUUAUAUGAAAUCGUUUGAAACGUCGCAAUAUUACGCGCGGCGAAUUGUUCGAAUCGUCCAAAUUUGGAAGAUCAUCCUACGACGAUUUCGAGUCGUUCACUAUUACUCUUUGUAGGUACCUAAACAUAUACGUUACAGUUUAAACUUUAGUAAUAGUAGAAGGGAGUUUGAUGUAUAUUAUUUCUGUUGCUUGUUAAACAUUAUAUUGCAUUAUAUAAGAUAAGAUUUCCUGUUAAAAUUAUUUGUAAAAGAAAUUAAUUGAACUCAACCUAGUCAACUUAUAAGUAAAUAACACCUUGCUAUAGAGGGCAGUUUAUUCCUGCGGGCUUCCAUACAUUUACAUAUAGUUGUCCUUAUUUCUAUGAUUUACAAAACUCUUGCCUAUUUAAUUAGAUCAUGUUAAAGUUGUUCUAUGUAUUUUAUGAAGCUGUUGAAAUUGAUAUAAAUAUAUAAUUUAUUCCAUUUU